UAUAACCAGUGCUGAUCCUUUGUCUUCAGGUCGUGGGGACGACCCAGGUGACUUCAGCCUAGAAGACGCCUUGUAUGACCUCGGCCCCAAGCAACCCACUCCCAAGGGACCCCGAAAGCCGGCAGGUGGGUCAGCAGGCUUUGAUUUGGCUGAUUACUUUGAUGCCCCUCUGGACACUACCACCAAACCAGCCAAGCCAACUCCGAAGCCCUUCCCCAGGCCAGGGAAGCCAGGUACUGUGGAGCUCUGGGGAGGGUACAGGACCACCACGACCAAGCAGCCAAAAACUACGAGGGCCCCCCCCAAGCAUAACCCAGGAAAGAAUUCUAUGGAUUUGGACUUGGCUGAUGCCCUUGAUGAUACGAACGAUAGGAAAGAUGGUGGGCGGCCAGACAUAAGGCCAGGUGAAGGAUUUUCAGAUGACGACCUGGCCGGCAUCAUAGACGGCGGCUACAGCCCCGACAAGAAGAAGG